AUGAUCCAAAUCAUGAUCUACCAGCUGUGGCAGAGACAACUACGGCUUCGACUACCGGGUCUGUUUCUCUCCUGCCAGCACACUGAAUCCCUUUCACAGAGCUUGUAUUUCCUUGCGGUGGUUCUUCGGGCAGUUUCGGCGACUGAGACUCCCGCGACAUCCUGUACAGAGAUCCCCAGCUUGAUCCUGGGAAUUCGUAACGGUCUUGGAGCAGACGAUCCAGAGCUAGACAUCGAGAUCUACAAAUUGGGAGACAAGUACGACUACCUAGCUCUUCAAGUCGACGCGAUCAACAAUUUCAAACAAUGGGUAGAGCGGGCAUGGUCCAGCUGGGAAUUCCGCGCACUUACCCAAAAGAUCUGGGACCAUCCAUGUCUCCUUGAAAUGCACCGUCUGGCUGAAACUAUCAUCGCGGAUCUUGUGUUGGAUCUAUGUUCUCCCACUGCAGACGCCGAGGACUCCAUAGUGAAGCAGGGUCUAAAACGUGGAGUCAUUACGGAGGAAUUCAUUUUGCGGAUCGCCAAUCGACGCAACGGUUAG